GCUAUUGCCCGCAUUGCCUUUGCGGCGACAAGAAGUGUGUUUUAGAGAACUCCGCGUGUUUUUAAAACCCGGCAUGUCUCAACUUCUUCCCCGAGAAGAACAUCAUACCUUUCCCAUUCCAUAAGAACUAAAAAUCUAUAAAGUGUAUAACAAUUGUUAAUUAUUUACUAAUCAUUCCAAUUAUAUUAUUAAGUUAUUAAAGACUUUAAGAGAGUUAUUCGGUUUUAAGUGAACAUUGAUUUGAUCGAAACAAAUUUUAAAAUGUUGAAUGAAAAGUUCGAGUUCAGUGCGGAUUUUGACAAUAACUUUAAGAGUUGUUUUGCGCGCUCGAUGGCAGUGAAUUCUCAAUACAAGCAACGAACAAAUACCGGCACCGUUUCAUCGGAGAUUUUCGCCCAGCUGCUACCAGGUUCCAAUUCUUCCAAGAAGAAUAGGGGUGGUUCAAAUGCUGGCAAUUCGACGGUCGAACCGGUACAAGUUAGGCUAAGAAAGGAAAACUUCAAGCUCAUUGAAGAUACCCGACAUAACUCUUGCCAUAGUACGCCUAAUAGUAGAAGGGAAUCUUUGUGCUCGUCAUCAGAUCGAAGAUUAAUGCCACCCAUAGAGAAUAUCUUGUAUCAAUCGCAAAUCGAUACUUUACAAUGGCAAUUAAAACAGACUGAAGCUAGUAGAGAAAUGUAUCGAGCAGUGAUGAAGCAAGUUGUAACAUUUUUGGAGAGAGCGCAUCGAAGUUUAGAAAUAUUAGGAAAGAAAUCUGUCAAUCAACCAGUUCAUAGAUCAAAAAGUGAACAUCAUGUAGCAACUUUAGAAAUAUCUCCCAAUAAAUCUGCCACUUUUAAUCCUUAUGAAGAUUUAUGGAAGCACAAAAAGCCAGAAGUAGCCCCAGAUGAGAUACCGCCAGAAAAAUUAGCACAAGAAGCAUUUCGUCUUUUGAGAACUGCACAAUCUUUAUUAAAUACAAGAGAACCUAAUUUAGCACACGUUAAUAAUGAACCGGAAGAUGAUAUAAGUUUCUUAUCUCAAUUAGCAAAGGAGUUUCCGGCCGAUAGAAAACAACCAACAGCAAUUUCCCUAAGUCCGAAAUUAUUAGUACCAGAAAAAGAAAAUAGAUUUUCAAGAAAAUUAUCGUUGCGAUCUAACGAUUCUCCAUUUGGUGCCAGGAGACGCUGCGAUACAUCAAUUAACAAAAAAGAAAUUUCUCAAGAUAACUUCAUAGUUCCCAUUGAAAAAUGUAACAAAGAAAAAUAUAAAUACGAGCCAGAAAAAUCCUCCUCGCCUCCAGUUAGUAGUAUAAGUUCAGCCGAAGAUGAAAGUGGAUUUUCGUCAAUGAAUUCCUUCCAAGAAGUUGGAUUGCCAAUUAUAUCUUCGACUAUAACCGAAGAAACAUUAACAAAAGAAGCUUUGCUAAGAAGUAUGCUCCAUAAUGAAAACACUUAUUACAGCCUACAAGAUUAUCACGUAAACGAACGAAGUAAUUUGUCCGAAAUGAAAUAUCAAAAACCGAAACCUAUUGAUGAUCGAAAAAUUUGGUCAAAACCAGCGACCCAUCAAAGAUCAAACUCAGUGCCAGUUGAACCGAUUGCCAAUGAAAACAUUAAUAUGAAAGUUUUGUGGGUUUGAAAUAAGUUCCGCUUCAACUAUAAUUUUCAAUUUUAAGGAUUAACCAUACUUUUCUUAUUUUUCGGCUAUCGUUAAUAACCGAAUUAAUGUAGAAUUAUACUGUGAAUGCGCUUGAGUAUGUAAUCACGAUAUUUAAUUAUUUAAUUGUAAAGAAUGUUGUAUAAAUACAUGAAUUUCGUUGAC